AUGCAGGCCGGUUUUGUGGAGACUGGUGAGCAUUGUAGACUUCAUUUAAAGGCAGGCAUUCCAAAAGACUGUCCUUCUUCCACCUGGGUUCAGUUUCAAGAUAGUUGUUACCUUUUUCUUCAGGAAGCAAUUAAAGUAGAAAGCAUAGAAGAUGUCAGAAAUCAGUGUGUGGACCAAGAUGAAUCUUUCAAAUGGUUUGAUAAAUCAAGUAUGACAUUUGCUAAGUGGACAGACCAAGAUGAUGGUGAGGAUCUAGUUGACACCUGUGCAUUUUUGCACACCAAGACGGGUGAAUGGAAAAAAGGAAAUUGUGAAAUUUCUUCGGUGGAAGGAACACUUUGUAAAGCAGCUAUACCCUAUGAAAAGAAAUAUUUAUCAGAUAACCACAUUUUAAUAUCAGCUUUGGUGAUUGCUAGCACUGUAAUUCUGACUGUUUUGGGAGCAAUCAUAUGGUUCCUGUACAAAAGAAAUUCAGAUUCUGGUUUCAUCACUGUUUUUUCAGCUGCACCAGAGUCACCUUAUAACGAUGACUGUGUUUUGGUAGUUGCUGAAGAAAAUGUAUAUGCUGUUCAGUUUGAGUAA